AUGCAUGCGUUUCGGUCAUCCAAGUCGUCUGCGCAUCUGCAUCCGACAUUCACACUCCCGCCUGACGCACUAUCACAUCCAUACGCUGUUUUCGCUAUUCGAAAGGUAGAUGUCGAAUCAGCGCUCCCAAAAGAUAUUCCUCUCAACGCAGUCUUACACUUCAUCCCCAAGCUCAGGGAAUGUGUGCUCCCUGUUCCAUUUAUUGGUGGCCUACCUAAAUCCCUCGCUACAGUAGCUCUACGCGCACCCUACGUCGGUAUCAAUAUCGAAUCAAGAGACAUAUCCGCACUUGGUCUUAAGUGGGUAAUGAAGAGGUUGCUUCAAGCUGCCGGACGCGUCCAUCCCAGGACACUCUUCCUCACCCAACCUUCCGUCGGCGUGGCAGUGACCAUCUAUCGCACGUGGAUGGCGCUCGAACUGCCCGCCGCUGGCGUCAAAAACCUAGUCACACACAUCCUUACGCGUCUCAUGAUGGGACCACCCGUGGCCAUCUGGGAGAUGAACCUUAUUUGGGCAUCGUUCCCUCACGACUCCGACAUCAUACGCGAAAUGGGCAUGAACUCACUCCGUUCACACCUCAACUUCAAUCAGUCGCCUUCAGACACCGCAGCCCUAACCGACUGGUACAAUGUCGACAGUGCACGCCGCAACUUCUCCCACUCGAUUGGACGCUAUUUCCCAGGCAUUUGCUUGGAUAGAGAGCAAGCAGUCAGGGAAAGGAUCAAUAACCUUUAUCUCAAGACAAAGCAAAAAGAAAUAGCUGAAGCCGCACGGCACGACAAAGGCAAAAGGCAAGAAGAGCAGAAGACGCGAGGUACAGCAGAGAAGGUGAAGAAUUUGCUCAAUCAGGACGGAACAAGGGAGGCCAGUCCGGACGAGAAACGUAAGAGGCGAAAAGAGUAUUGCAAGGCUUUGGAGUCACGUUUGAGACGGGCACGAUCCGAUGACAGUAUUCGCUCUGUCGAGACGGCGAUUUGGGAUCCUAAAGGGUCGACGGAGACAGCCCGCCCGUCAAAACAGAAGCCACUCAGCCUGUCUACUCAGUGUGCUUUGCUCGCUCAAGCUGAGAGAAAUCACGAGGCAGCUGUGAGUCGCGGAAGACUGUGGAAGAGGACAGAUUCAGCCUCAAUCCUUACGGCAGAAAAUCUUACCGAACUCAACAAGAUGAAUCCAUCAAAACCUCGAAAUGUAAAUGAAACAAUAAAGAGACGUCCCAUAGCACCACCUAGAAGCCUAUUUUUGGCCAGUUCGUCUUCGUCAUUCAGCACCGCAAAAGGAGAGCAAGAUAGCGACUCCACACUAUCAAGUGCUCGCGAUCGAAUCAGGCGACGGAAAGGCAAGACUUUAUGUAAACAGUCUGGACGCGAGGGACUGGAAGACGCUAGGCGGGAGAUUGAGGAUAGUGAAAAGCUAUUUCAGCAGGUGUCGGGGCGGGCACUACAGCCGGUACGGGAUACCAAUGUGCAAAAUCCAAGGCGAGGAGUUAGACUGGUCCUUCCAACCACGGAUAGUGGCGUCGAAGAUGUUGUCGCUGGGAGGGCGAGUGCGGAUGUUGAGGGAACAGCGAGCGAUCUCGAAAACUCGCAUAUGGGAUCUUGGAGUGGGUCGGCGUGA